UGCCAAGACAGUACAACUGAUAUGAGAUGGCUGCCGCUGAAAUACUUCAAUUCUAGCAAGGUUUUGGGCAUUCAUCGUGCAUAUGUUAAACUUAUUUUUAAUAUGAAGUUUAACCCACAGUAAUUGACAAAGAAAAGAGCUGCAGUGUCAUGACAGCGUAACUAACGACAGUAAAACGUCAAAUUGCAUUACUAGCAAUGACAUUCCAGUGAUGUAGGCUACUCACACGACUAUCAACUGACAACCACUCACGAGACGACAGAACCGUAAACAGAAACCAGUUUCAAGAAAGUUUGGAUUGGAGCGCGUGCGCGUGCGCCAAGCAAGCAGAUAACUGUACGUGACGUCAAAACCAGCAUGGCGGUCAAGGUGCAAUCCACUAAACGCGCGGACCCGAGUGAACUUAAGGGGAUCUUCCAAAAGCAUGCCAGCGUGGUGGACAAGGAUGGAGAGAAGUUUAUGACCCCGGGAGACUUUGUGCAGAAGUACCUUGGAUUACAUACACAGAUCCACCACAACCCCAAAACGGUUCAGCUCAUCGCUGGAGUGGCCGAUACUACUAAAGACGGACUGAUCUCAUUCCAGGAGUUUCUGGCUUUUGAGUCGGUGUUGUGUGUUCCUGACGCGCUCUUCAUCGUAGCUUUCCAGCUAUUUGACAAGACGGGCACAGGAGACAUCUCCUUUGAUAAUGCCCGUGACAUCUUCAGCCAGACUACUGUGCACCACCACAUCCCCUUCAACUGGGACUGUGAGUUCAUCCGCCUGCACUUUGGCCACGACCGCAAGAAACGUCUCAGCUACCUUGAGUUCACCCAGUUCCUACAGGAGCUGCAGCUGGAACAUGCCCGCCAGGCGUUUGCCCAGAAGGACAUGGGCAAGAGUGGGGUCAUCUCUGCCAUGGACUUCAGUGACAUCAUGGCCACCAUACGGCACCACAUGCUUACACCCUUUGUGGAGGAAAACCUGGUGUCGGCUGCAGGGGGUCACAUGGUCAGCUUCUCCUACUUCAACGCCUUCAACGCCCUGCUUAACAACAUGGAGCUGAUCCGCAAGAUCUAUAGCACGCUGGCUGGAACACGCAAGGACACACUGGUUACCAAAGAGGAGUUUGUUCAUGCCGCUAACAAGUUUGGCCAGAUUACUCCCAUGGAGAUUGACAUCCUGUACCAGCUCUCGGGCCUUCACUCCCCCUCUGGGCGUCUGAAUCUGGCCGACAUCGAGAGGAUAGCCCCACUAGAAGAGGGGGCUCUGCCUUACCAUCUGGCUGAAGCACAAAAACAGGCCCACGGUGAUGGCUCCAGGUCAGUGGUGAUGCAGGCUGCAGAGUCUGCUUACAGAUUCACCCUGGGCUCCAUCGCUGGAGCUACGGGAGCGACAGCCGUGUAUCCUAUAGACUUGGUUAAGACCCGCAUGCAGAACCAGCGCUCCACCAGCUCCUUUGUGGGAGAGCUCAUGUACAAGAACAGCUUCGACUGUGCCAAGAAAGUGCUGAGAUACGAGGGCUUCUUUGGCUUCUACAGAGGUCUGGUGCCCCAGCUGAUAGGUGUAGCUCCAGAGAAGGCCAUUAAACUUACGGUGAAUGACUUUGUGAGAGACAAGUUCACCACCAAAGAUGGUAUCCCAGCCUUUGCAGAGGUGCUGGCAGGAGCCUGUGCUGGUGGCUCCCAGGUGAUCUUCACCAACCCUCUGGAGAUUGUAAAGAUCCGCCUGCAGGUGGCAGGAGAGAUCACCACAGGCCCCAGGGUCAGCGCCCUCAACGUGGUCAGGGACCUGGGCUUCUUUGGACUUUACAAGGGGGCCAAAGCAUGUUUCCUGCGAGACGUCCCCUUCUCAGCCAUCUUCUUCCCAGUGUACGCCCACACCAAGGCUGAGUUUGCCGAUGAGCAGGGCCGUCUGGGACCCCUGCAGCUCCUAACAGCUGGAGCCAUCGCUGGUAUCCCUGCGGCCUCCUUGGUGACGCCCGCGGAUGUCAUUAAGACACGUCUGCAGGUGGCGGCGAGGGCAGGGCAGACGUCCUACACAGGAGUCAUCGACUGCUUCAGGAAGAUCAUGAGGGAGGAGGGAUUCAAGGCCCUGUGGAAGGGCGCCGGAGCCCGUGUGUGCCGGUCCUCUCCUCAGUUCGGUGUGACCCUGGUGACCUACGAGCUCCUGCAGAGGUGGUUCUACGUGGACUUUGGUGGAAGUCGUCCCGCAGGGUCCGAGCCCACUCCCAAGUCUCGUAUCUCGGAGCUUCCUCCCAUCAAUGCGGACCAUGUGGGAGGCUACCGACUGGCCGCGGCCACCUUCGCUGGGGUGGAGAACAAGUUUGGUCUCCAUCUGCCCAAGUUCAAGUCCUCUGGCGUGGUCUCAAUCCACACAGAACUCCCCAAGGAGGAGGCUCCUCCAGCCGCCACACAGGCCCCCUAAGGACUCCACCCUUCACCAUCACCCCUCUUCUCCUCUGUCUGGGGCUACGCACUUUAGACACACACACACACACAGGAACAUACUGUACGCACAACACACAUUCCACAUAGGGGCCAGUGAUGCAGAAUCGCAAAGAUAUUUGCAUACAUUCCGUUCCUAGGGGGCCAUUUACAAACACACUAAUAAACACACACACACACACUGCCCUGGCCCACCACUGUUUCCAGGGUCUGCUCCAGUGGUCCCAGCCCUGGUCCUGGAGACUGACACCAGAUCAGUGUUGAAGUGCAGACACUGCCCAGAACCCUGGAGGGUUCUGCACUUCCAGUGGCUGCAUGUUCCUCUCCCUUUCCACUCCUUGCCCAUCCUUUCCAUUUAGUUGUUCCUCCCAUCUCUCAUCUAAAACCAGUGUCUGGAUGGAGCCUGUGUGGAGCCUCCUCUUUUUCAUGAGUAGCUGAUUUGAUUUUAGAGCUUGUCAUAUUGGACGGUGUGCGUAGGGGCUUGACUGGCAGCAUUGCAGAGGGCUCUCCUGUUUGGUCGUCACACAGGGAGGUAGUGUACAUAUUGUAGAUCGGCUGUACAGAGACAGCAUACAGCUACAGACCAGUUAUGUUUCAGUAAAGCAGGAGAGCUUUCACUGUAACUCCAAAAAGCAACACUGUUGUGGAACGCCAUUAAUAGUGGCAUAAGAAUGGUUUCACUGUAACCUUAUAAAAUUGUGUUGUGGUGACAUUGGAUCAACGUCACACUAAUAUAAUAAUGCGGUUAUGGUGAUGUUGAAAUGAACGACUGAAAAUCACUUACUGAUGUACAGACAUUUUCAAUAAAGUGUUUAUUGAUAAAUGAGCAGAGAAUUAGGUAAUAAUAAAUUAAAUGUAUUUCAAUUCAUUCAUUGUAUUGUAUUUUAUUGAAAUAAAUCAUCCAUGUGGUUUUAAUUGUA